CUGAUGAACAGCAGGUGGAGUUCCAAGACAACCAGGGGCCACCAGCCAGUGGUAGGAUCUCUGCCCUCUAGACAUGGCACUGGCCCCCUUUGAUCCCCAGCCCUGUGGCCAUGCAGAGGUACAGACUGCCUAGAGACUACCAUCUAUAGCCUGUGCCAUGAAGCCGACUCGGGCACAGAUGGCUCCUGCCAUGGAUUCGAGGGAGAUGGUGUCCCCGGCUGUGGACCUGGUGCUGGGUGCCUCAGCCUGCUGCCUGGCCUGUGUAUUCACCAACCCCCUGGAAGUGGUAAAGACCCGUCUACAACUGCAGGGGGAACUGCAGGCCCCAGGCACCUACCCACGGCCCUACCGGGGCUUUGUGUCUUCUGUUGCAGCCGUGGCCCGGGCAGAUGGGCUGUGGGGCCUGCAGAAGGGGCUGGCUGCUGGCCUUCUCUACCAGGGCCUCAUGAAUGGUGUCCGUUUCUACUGCUAUAGCCUGGCAUGCCAGGCUGGCCUCACCCAACAACCAGGAGGCACUGUGAUCGCAGGCGCUGCGGCUGGGGCAUUGGGGGCCUUCGUGGGGAGUCCUGCUUACCUGGUCAAGACACAGCUACAGGCCCAGACAGUGGCUACUAUGGCUGUGGGGCAUCAGCACCAGCAUCAGGGUGUCCUGAGUGCGCUGGAGACCAUCUGGCGCCAACAGGGCAUGCUGGGGCUGUGGCGGGGUGUGGGUGGGGCCGUGCCCCGAGUCACAGUAGGUUCAGCUGCCCAGCUGGCCACCUUUACCUCUGCCAAGGCAUGGGUACAGGAUCGACAGUGGUUUUUGGAGGACAGCUGGCUGGUGACCCUGGCCGGCGGCAUGAUCAGCAGUAUAGCUGUGGUUACAGUCAUGACACCCCUGGACGUCGUCAGCACGCGGCUGUACAAUCAGCCAGUGGACAGAGCUGGCAGGGGCCAGCUGUAUGGGGGCCUCGCUGAUUGCCUGGUGAAGACCUGUCAACAGGAGGGACCCCUGGCGCUCUACAAAGGCCUAGGCCCUGCCUAUCUGCGCUUGGGUCCCCACACCAUCCUUAGCAUGUUCUUCUGGGAUGAGCUUCGGAAACUGGCCACGAGGGCCCAGCACCAGGGCACCUAGACUCAACUCUCAUCCCACCACCAAGCCUGCCAUCUGGUGGAAGACUGGCUGCCCAGAGCUAGCUUGAGUCAGGCCCUGCCACAAGCCAGGGGGAGAGGGCAAGGAACGAUGGACAACUGGGAUCUAUUGAGCCCCAGGACCAGUGUGCCCCAUGUCACCACCUCUUUAUUUCCCUUCUCUCCCCUGGGUUACCAUGCCUUAGCUCAUGGCCACAGCAAUGCCUACAUAUAAAGAUUCCCAUUAGGGGAGCCACUCAGCUACACUGGCUCCUCAGUCCUCCACCCACUGUGUGGCCACAUGAGCCUCUCUCAGCAUGGGGAAACUGAGGCUGAGGGGAGCCAUGUCUCUGUGGAGCCACAUAUGUUUGCCAUGACAGAGCCAGGACUGGAGUUCAACUCUGCCUACCCCCAUACAAUGCUCUCAAGGAAGACACGGCUACAUCAGGACUACUGGGCUUCGUGUCCCUCAGAGGCCACUGCAUGUGAGACCCUUGUGCCACCAGGGAGUCCUUGGUGUUCCCAGAGUCUAGUUGGCCAAAGCUAGUUAUCAGACCAAGUUAUGAAGCCGCCUCAAUGGCUUAGCAAAACAAACAAACAAACAACCCUGUUUUCCUACCUUCUGAAGCUGGAAGCGCAGGAAGGUAUUGGUGGUGUUGGCGACUCUCUUUACUUUUAUUUCAGUUAUCUGUGGUGCUGUGGUAGAGCCAGGGCCUGGGCAUACUGGUCACCUUAUCUGUCCGUGGUCCACACCACAGCCCAAGGCUGACUUCUCCUGAGACCUCCUUCCUUGACUUUAAAAUGAGCAGCUUCCUUCCGUCUUCUCUGAAUCUGAGUCAAAUCGGCUUUCCUCAGGCUGGGGACAUAGAUCAGUCGGCAGACUGCCCACCCACUGCUCACGAGGCCCCCCCGGAUCCAAAUGAACUGGGCAUGAUGGCACCUGCCUGUAUUCUCAGCCCUGGGAAGGCAGAGGCAGGAGGACCUGGAGUUCAGAGUCAUCCUCGGCUCCAUAGCAAGUCUGAGGUCAGCCUGGAUUCCAUGAGAGCCAGAGAGGAGAGAGAGGGAGAGGAGGGGAGAAGGGGGUUGAGGAGGGAGGAAAGGGAGGAGGAGGAGGAGGAGGAGGAGGAGGACAGGGAGAUGGAGACCCAGUUCUGUUGAAUAGGACCCACACAGGGACUGCAUAUUACCGAGGGAGCUACCACGGCCUCCCUCUACAGUCCCUGAGGGGCUGGAUUAGGGCGUCAGCAGCAGUCUUGGAGCGGUUGAGUCCAGGCUUCCUGUUUGUGUACGUCCCAGGGGAGCUCAGGCCUAGGGAAGAGGGUGCCUGACCAUGUGGGUCACGGAGCAGAGCCACUGCAGGGCCAACGACACACUCCGAGCCCUCUCUCCAGACUGCAGGCACGCCCCACCACAGGGACAGGUGUGUAAGGCACCCAGUGGCCUUUCUCCUAUAAAAGUGGACACCCGCUCUUGGCCAGGUAGCCUCAACCACCUUCCCCAACCACUUCCCAAAUGAGAAAAAUUACUCCAGAUGAACACUCCUGAACACUCCAAUAAAGUUUUAUAUUUUGUGAA